AUGUAUGGAACAAAAGGCAAAAUUGAUCUUGCCUUUGAAUACCAAUCUCAAGCAUCAAUUUUGAGGCCUAGUAUUCAUUCUAGAAGAGCAAAUCUGACUGUGAAAUUCCAAGACCUUUAUGGAUUUACGGUCGAAGGGAAUGUCGAUGAUGUUAAUGUGUUGAAUGAUGUUAGGGAGAAGGUGAGACAACAGGGUAGAGUUUGGUGGGCUUUAGAGGCUAACAAAGGUGUUAAUUGGUAUCUUCAUACAACCAUAGGACAAGGGAGCGCUCUUACUUCUUCAUUGAAAUUCUCAGCUUUGGCUAAUGCUAUUACUUUGAAGAAGCUGAUAAGGAAAGGGAUUCCACCUGUUCUUAGGCCUAAGGUUUGGUUUUCGUUGUCGGGUGCUGCGAAGAAAAAGUCCACCGUUCCUGAUAGUUAUUAUGAUGAUUUGACAAAAGCUGUGGAGGGGAAGGUCACCCCUGCUACUAGACAGAUAGAUCAUGACCUACCAAGAACUUUCCCGGGUCAUGCUUGGUUAGACACUCCCGAGGGGCAUGCUGCUCUUAGGCGUGUUCUUGUUGCGUAUUCUUUCCGUGAUUCUGAAGUUGGGUAUUGUCAGGGUUUAAAUUACGUUGCAGCACUGUUGUUGUUGGUCAUGAAAACCGAAGAAGAUGCAUUCUGGAUGCUUGCUGUCUUGUUGGAAAAUGUCCUGGUUAACGACUGUUACACAAACAACUUAUCGGGGUGCCAUGUUGAACAAAGAGUGUUUAAAGAUUUACUUACUAAAAAGUGUCCGAGGAUUGCGACUCAUUUGGAAAGUUUGGAAUUCGAUGUUUCCCUUGUUACCACUGAGUGGUUCCUUUGCCUGUUUUCCAAGAGUUUGCCUUCGGAGACAACGCUACGAGUAUGGGAUGUUAUUUUCUACGAGGGGGCUAAGGUUAUAUUUAACGUCGCCUUGGCAAUUUUUAAGAUGAAGGAAGAUCAACUAAUCAUAACUCAUCAUGUUGGAGAAGUAAUCAAUGUUCUGCAUACGACGACUCAUCACCUAUUCGAUCCAGAUGAUUUACUAACCGUUGCAUUUGACCAGAUAGGUUCGAUGACGACAAAUACGAUAUCUAAACAAAGGAAGAAACAGGAACCUGCAGUGAUGAAGGAGCUUGAUCAAAGGAUAAGAAGGCUAAAUUCCCUUAAAGUGGAUGAAAAAUAA